AUGAACCAGUCUGAACUGACAACGGGCUCGGUGCUCACUGCCAACAGCAGUCAUGGAGACUUCUUUCCUGGCAGGGCUGCCAACCACUCUUGUCCCUUGGGCUGGGGUCUGAACGAAGGCCUAGAGGCUUGCGUCCUGGAGACUGCUGUCAUUGUACUUCUGACAGUGCUCAUUAUUGCAGGGAACCUGACGGUGAUCUUUGUGUUCCACUGUGCCCCUCUGCUACACCACUACACCACCAGCUACUUCAUCCAGACCAUGGCAUAUGCUGACCUGCUGGUGGGUCUUAGCUGCCUGGUGCCCACCCUGUCUCUGCUCCACUACCCAGCAGGUGUCCAGGAACCCAUCACAUGCCAGGUCUUCAGCUACGUCAUCUCUGUUCUGAAGAGUGUUUCAAUGGCCUGCUUGGCUUGUAUCAGUGUGGACCGCUACCUGGCCAUAACUAAACCACUGUCUUACAACCAGCUGGUGACGCCAUGCCGGCUACGAGGGUGCAUUACCCUAAUCUGGGUCUACUCUAGCCUGGUUUUCUUGCCCUCCUUCUUUGGCUGGGGUAAGCCAGGCUAUCAUGGGGACAUUUUUGAGUGGUGUGCUCACUCUUGGCCCACCUCUGCCCUCUUUACAGGAUUUGUGGUGUGUAUGCUCUAUGCGCCUGCUGCGCUUGUGGUGUGUUUUACCUAUUACCAUAUCUUUCGCAUUUGCCAGCAGCACAACAGGGAGAUCAGUGAACGGCGGGCACGUUUCCCCAGCCAGGAGAUGGAGGCUGGUGAGGGGGGUGGUGGUGGGCAUCACGGAGGGCAUGGACCAGAUCGGCGCUAUGCGAUGGUGCUGUUUCGCAUCACCAGUGUUUUCUAUAUGCUUUGGCUGCCCUACAUAAUCUACUUCUUGCUAGAGAGCUCCCAUGUGCUGGAUAACCCUGCCCUCUCCUUCAUCACCACCUGGCUUGCCAUAAGCAACAGCUUUUGCAACUGUGUCAUCUACAGCCUGUCUAAUAGUGUGUUCCGACUGGGCAUGCGCAGGCUCUCACAGACAAUUUGCUCCUUUAGCCACUGCGCAGCUGAUGACGGGGACUUCGGGGAGCCUAAACCAAGGAAGAGGGCAAACUCAUGCUCCAUCUGAAGGGAAGACUUUACUGCUGGGAUCAACAAAUGGGGAACAUGAAUCUUA